AUGGCAAAUAACGGGAAUUCUAAGCUGAAGAUUGUUACUGGUGACGCUGGUUAUGUCCUCGAGGACGUUCCUCAUUUCACAGAUUACAUUCCCGACCUUCAUACUUAUCCAAACCCGUUGCAAGACAAUCCUGCAUACUCUGUUGUCAAGCAGUAUUUUGUCAAUGACGAUGAUACUGUUGCCCAAAAGAUCGUUGUACACAAGAAUAGUCCAAGAGGAACACAUUUUAGACGUGCUGGACCCCGUCAAAGGGUUUAUUUUGAGUCUGAUGAAGUACAUGCAUGUAUUGUUACAUGUGGUGGCUUAUGCCCUGGCAUCAACACAGUGAUCCGGGAAAUAGUAUGUGGCCUCUACAAUAUGUAUGGCGUUAAGAGGGUUGAGGGGAUAGAGGGAGGAUACCGAGGUUUUUAUGCUAGAAAUACAAUCCCUUUAACGCCCAAGAUUGUGAAUGAUAUCCAUAAACGUGGUGGAACUAUUAUUGGAACAUCACGAGGUGGUCAUGAUACCACAAAGAUAGUUGACAGCAUUCAAGACAGGGGAAUUAAUCAGGUUUAUAUAAUUGGAGGAGAUGGGACGCAGAAAGGGGCAGCUGUGAUUUAUGAGGAAAUUAGAAGGCGUGGUCUCCAAGUUGCGGUUGCUGGGAUCCCCAAAACUAUUGAUAAUGACAUUCCAGUAAUUGACAAGUCUUUCGGCUUUGAUACUGCCGUUGAGGAAGCUCAACGUGCUAUUAAUGCAGCUCAUGUUGAAGCUACAAGUUCUGAAAAUGGUAUUGGCCUUGUGAAGUUAAUGGGCCGCUACAGUGGGUUUAUUGCUAUGUAUGCUACGCUUGCCAGCCGAGAUGUUGACUGUUGCUUGAUUCCGGAGUCACCCUUUUAUCUUGAAGGAGCAGGUGGACUUUUUGAAUAUAUAGAGAAACGACUCAAAGAAAAUGGGCACAUGGUUAUUGUCAUAGCUGAGGGUGCAGGACAGGAUCUUCUUUCUGAGAGUUUGCAAUCUACUGAUCAGCAGGAUGCAUCUGGAAAUAAGCUUCUCCAGGAUUUUGGGCUGUGGCUUUCUCGCAGGAUCAAGGAUCAUUUUUCAAGACGAAAGAAGAUGACCAUUAAUCUCAAAUAUAUAGAUCCUACAUACAUGAUCCGUGCUAUUCCUAGCAUUGCGUCUGAUAAUGUGUACUGCACACUCCUAGCUCAAAGUGCAGUUCAUGGAGCAAUGGCAGGCUACACAGGUUUUACAGUUGGGCAAGUCAAUGGCAGACAUGCUUACAUACCCUUCAAUAGAAUUAUAGAGAUACAGAACAGGAUUGUGAUAACGGAUAGGAUGUGGGCAAGGCUGUUGUCUUCAACGAAUCAGCCCAGCUUUUUGAGUGCCAAAGAUGUCAUCGAAGCCAACAAGGAGGAAGAACCACCAACUCAGCUGUUAGAUGAUACUUGCACCGAUAACAAGUUGAAUCACAAGGAGAUUAUGUGCUGA